UGUGUGGUGUCUGAGGAACGAGGUGGAGUUUACAACACUGCUUCUGUCUCAUUGUGUGCAGAGGAACACAUCUUUCAACUCAAAGAACAUGAUGCGAGAGAUUUGUAAGCCGGGUGCGUCUACAAAAAAGCGCACCUCCAAACGAGCAGUGAAGAAAGAGGCAUCAUCUCUCAGCAUUAGACCUCAACGGGAAGAGGACCAUGUGAAAGAGCACCUUGUGCUCCACCAGUUUGUGCCACAACACCACUUCCCCAAUGGUCUCCUUCUCUCCCUGAUGAAGCGCCUGAUGGAUGAGAGACUCGGUGCCAUGGAGUACAGCCCGGCAUGUUCGUCUGUCGCCACUGAGCUGUCUGAAUCCAUUAAAGAGGCAGCGAAAGGCCUCUCCAAUGGACGCUAUAAACUCAUCUGCUGCGUUGCCAUAGGGCAGCUCCGCAACUCUGCCGUCUCCUGCUCGAGCCGAGGUGUCUGGAGUCCAGACACAGACACCUUCACAGAGUACCUGUUCAAAAACCAGCAUCUGUUCGCCCUGUGCGUUCUCUUCGCCGUGUACCAGGAGUAGGAUAAAUGUCAAUUAGUGAAUUACUGAAUUUAACACAGACAUAAUGUACAAAUGUUCACAUUUCUGUUCUAACAUCUGAUGAAAAUUGCUUAUACAAUAAUAAUAAUAAAAAAUCUCUCGUUA